AUGCCUACUCUGGCUCAUACCCUCCGGGGCGUCUUUUGUGGCUGCUAUGCCUGCUCUCCCCGCAGGCGACACAAUCGCCGCUCUAAGCCAGGAAAUGAGUGUCACGAACUCGAGGAUGAAGAAGGACAUCAUGAUCAAGGACAUCAUGGCCAAGGGCCUCCAUCCCAUGAAUCCCAAGCCCAAGAAAAUUUUGCUGAACAUCACGAGGUUCACGAACGACCAGUCCAGGAAAAACGUAUUAAAAAACGCCCAGGUAAAGGAAUCUUUGGCAAGGGGAUCAUAGGCCAAGGGCGCCACUUUCAAGACGCCAAAAAGAAGAGAGUGCGUAGCCACCAAACGUCUAUCAAAGAACGUGCAAGAGUUGCACUCGCUUUGAAACGUGAGAAGGAGACGGAUGAAGACCAGGCUAUCCCACAACAGACGACUCCUGCAGGUGGCCUCCAACAACCUCGAAAAUCCACAGAUGUGGCUGCCACAGGUAUGAGUGAUGCAGUCGUACAGACAGAUGUGUCCGCCAACACACAACCGACAGCUACUUCUGCAGCUGUGAUUCCCGGCUCAAUGGCCGGCACGGCAUCCACUGCGGUGAUCACAGACGAGUUCGGGAGACCAAAACAGACUGGGGGAGGUAACACCGUCGUUAGAAAUGACGAUAUCCGUUCGCAAACAGCAGGAUCGGACAACGCAAAUUAG